AUGGCCACUGCGAGAACUGUGAAGGACGUUUCUCCCCACGAGUUCGUCAAAGCUUACUCUUCUCACCUUAAGCGAUCUGGCAAGAUGGAACUACCUGAGUGGACUGAUAUUGUGAAAACAGCAAGAUUUAAGGAGUUGGCACCCUAUGAUCCUGACUGGUACUAUGUGAGAGCUGCUUCCAUGGCAAGAAAGAUCUAUUUGAGAGGAGGACUUGGUGUUGGUGCAUUUCAGAGGAUUUAUGGUGGGAGCCAGAGGAAUGGUAGUCGCCCUCCUCAUUUCUGCAAAAGCAGUGGCGCCAUUGCUCGUCACAUUCUUCAGCAGUUGCAAACCAUGAACAUCAUUGAACCGGACACCAAGGGUGGCAGGAGAAUCACUUCCAGUGGCAGGCGGGAUCUUGACCAAGUGGCCGGACGGAUUGUGGUUGCACCUUGA